AUGGACUCUUCCUCCGGCCAUACAUUCGCCCACGUCGCCAUCCCGGACCAUUCGCAGCCAGGCUUCUGCAAGGCAAGCGCCAAGGUUCGGACGCGCUCGUCUUCUUCUUCUUUCGGAUUCAUCGUCUGCCUCUCCUGCCUUGCGCUCGAACUCGAACUCGCAGGCUUGGUCAGGCGUCUCGCUUUGCCAAGCAUCGCGUCGACGGCGUCUUCUUUCAUAUCACCUUCGGCACCCCCCAACAGCAAGUACAAAGGGGCCGCAGCGACACGACAAUCGCCUCGACCGGCCCUCCUUUCCACCGUCCUUCGAAUUCCCGGUUCUGGGCCGCAGCCCACUGCACUCCAUCAGCAUCGACUGCCCUGCUUCCACGCGGUCCCACCCAGCCACCUUCUUCGCGACGCACUGCGGACCGACGCGUGCAACUCGGUCCUUGGCUCCUCAAGAGAGCCCAAUAUCCCCCCACCCCUCCCGACGGAUUCAAGGCGGCAUCACAUCCUGCGCAUCUUCAGCCGCAUCCGUGACGAAGCUCGUCAAUUGCUCGGACGACCGUUGCGUGCAGCUGCAUUCUAUCUCCUCUCGGACGCACCCGCGCAUCGAUCACGCAUGCUUGCACGCCUUGCACAGACCAUUGCCGACCCGGCUGCCCCUCACACGUCUCCGCGAAGCGGACAAGGCCGGUCACUCGGAUAUAUUACAAUCUGCACAUCGACACUUCAUAUCGCCAAUUUUCCGAAGAAGCCGAACGCAUCGCCUCAGAUUUCGUGCGGCGAAGCGACUCGCGAGUCCCCUGUUCUUCCUGCGCCCCAUUGCAUGCCUCCAACACCUGGCCCCUCGUCUCGCAACAGUGUUGCCUGCCACCUCCGUCGGCAGCGGCGCGUACAACUCCGGAUAGAUCGCUCCGAACGCCGAGUGGAGCGUCGUGAGAACGCGGCCGUCACCUCAGACGCACUUCAGCUGAUCCGCAAUCGAUCCCCAAUCGCGGCAUCCUUGUCAAGCUGCCUCCUUGGACAUCGCUUCGCCCCUUGCCCUGGCCUCGUCAACGGAUCAGGUCACACACAGAAACGGUCGUGCAAUAGCUGGAUCUCGAGCUCGGUUGUCCGAGGACCCCUACACCUGCCGUCCUUGUCUUGGCGCUCGAGUGCAGAGCCGUCUCCCGGCCAACUCAGCAGCAGCGGCUUGGCUCUCGAACUCGGAGAUAGACCCAACGCAGCGUCCAAGCCUCUGCCCAUCCUUCCCUCCUCCGCUCCGUCGGCUUCCUCUUUGCCUCGGCUUCCCCUCCAUCCCCUGCUUCGACGAGCUUGUCCUGCACAAGGUUUCAGCUCGACCUCGAUAUAUCGGUUGCCCGGUGCUGUGGGAGCCUGCAUUGCUCCUGUCACCGUCGCCUCUCCGCGGAUCCGGUUCUACGCACGAUUCUGCCGCCCAAAACCUCCGAAGCCACCACUGGCCAAGGCGAAGCCGACGGUUGCUGGACAACGUCUGCGCCAACGGUUUCCCUGCACUUCUCGGUCUGCUUGGACAAUCGCCUUGCGGCUAGCCAAUCUACUGAACGUCGCUCGAGAGGAUCAUAUCUACGCGGGAGAGACAUCGCAAUCCGCACUCGUCCACCCACUGCUCGAUCUUCGCCCCAUCUCCAUCGCUCCUAAGCAAGCGGCCAACAAGAACAUCGCGCGCCCACAUCCAAAACUCAACGCCGAAAUGGGUUCACAGCAAGUUGCAACAUUCCAUGGCUAUGUUCAUUCGACCAGAGAUGCAUUGCUCAUCUUUGAGGCGGUCCGACGCGGCCUCAUGCCCAAGAUCACGAGACGGCUGCGCGACGAUGAGCGCAAGAUGAUCACGAGCGGGACCAUCUUCGUGUUCGACGAAGUCGAGUCAAGCAUCAAGCGAUGGACGGACGGCAUGAUCUGGAGUCCCAGUCGCAUACUCAACAACUUUCUUGUCUACCGCGAGGUCGAGAAGAAGGAUCCAAAGCCUGCGCCGGAUCAACCAGCCUUCUCCACCUCCAACGCAGCCAUGAUGCACGGAUCGUCUUUUGCUGGGAGCACCGGUCUUGACCCAUCGCACUCCUCGGUGCGUUCUGUUCCGCUGACGCUGAUGCCGAAUGCGAUCGACUCGGAUGCACCGACAAUGCAGUACAAGCAGGAAGGUGGCAGCUAUCCUUCGCUGCACGGCGGCGGGUCGUCCUCGAAUGCAGUCUAUUCCGGACAUGAUGGCUUUUUCUCCAAUCACGGACAACAACACCCUUCCGCAUACGCGCGAGGACAUGCGCAAGCAGCGGGAAUGGUGGGUUUGAUGGACGAUGCCGCCACCGCCGCCUCGUCGUCCAACGCAAAGAGGGAGGCGGAGCUGGAUCGCACGAUUGUCGGCAGUCUCACAAGCAGCUAUCCCUUUGUUCGCGACGGUCUGUGCAAAAAAACAAUCUCGAUACAGGUGGAAGGCUCGACACAGCAUCUCAUCUCGUACUACAGGGUCGACGAUGUGCACAACCAACGCCUCACGAUCCCCUCGAAUCUGCCCGAGAUCGCCGCCUUGUGCAUCUCGCCGAUCUUCCUCAACAAGAGCAACUUUCGCUAUCCUCCCAUCGUCGAGCUCGGUCCAGAUGGCAUGCCUCGGUACGUGGCCGAGUCGACCGAUGCCUCGAUGCGCGCUUCCGGUCACGUCAGCAGCGGCAACGAGAGCUACUCGUCGGGGUCAGAGGCGCGGCAUGAAGGCAUGGGUCGAAGCAACAGUCGCUCAAUGACCAUGUACACGUCUUCGGAAGCCGUGGAAGCUGCGUCCUUCGACCUUUACAGCCACCGCCACCCUCACCAAAUCGGCGGCGAUGGGAUUCUGCCAAUGUCCGCGACCUUGCCCAUGUCGACAGCAUCGGCACAGUCUCGGAAUCGUCGCUUGUCUGAUGCUCCGCGGAGGCGCGCCAAUUCAAGGUACGAGCCAUAUGGGCAGCCAACGACAUUCGGCAACGGCAUCAUGACCCCGCUUCCAUAUCCGCAAGGGAUGGACCACAAUCCAAUCUCGCCACCUGGCCGUCGGGCGCUCCUGGGCCAGUCCCGAGGCUACGUUGAAGCCGAGCCUUUCUACGCGUCCGAGCAAGCCUCGUUCGGUAUGCCCCGCCAGGACGCUGCAUUCUUCGGCAUGAACCCGGCUGAGCACGGCAGCAACCAGGGCAGCGGCGCCCACAUGGGUCAACUCGGACCGCAAGCCACUUCGGCCGAGGAGUUCCAACAGCAGGGUCGUCUCCAGCCUCCCUUUCAUGCCAGCCAUCUGAUGCCGAUUGUGCCCAGUCAGCCUGGCCGUGACCACACUGGCUACCUUGGCGAGUCCAACCUGGUGCACGUUCGAGCAGAAAUGAUGGGUGUCAAGCAGGAGCCGAGCGACAUCUUCCACUUCUCCUCCCGCAUGGGUCGGGGCAGCUGGGAUUCGAACCAGCCGAGUCACGCGGCACCCUUCAUGCACAACGUCCAGCAGCCGCCUGCGACCAGUCAAGGGCUGACAGCGAUCCCGGUUCACAGUCCCGUCAAUCUGGGAGGGCCUGUCUAUGGUCGGUUCGCCGGCUCGCCGCCAAAUACGAGCUCAUCUCAUGACAGUCGUCACUCGUACGUUGACAACGCACCGGCGCCCACGACUGGUCACAUCGAAGAGCUCGCAGACGGUGGGCGACCACCGACUGCUACUCGCCUCGAAGACGCGAGCUACCUGUCGCGGCCGCUUUCGCGCGCUGGGGAGGGUGGAUACGUGGGCGAUCUCGACUCGGCCGGUGUGGUCAGGGCAGCGCCAGUGGACGCCUUGCAAGUCCACUCGGACCCAACGACUCCAUAUCCGCACACGCACCGAACGCUGCAAUCACAUGCUGGCGACGCGGCAGCUGGUCUCGACUCGUACGGCCGCCUUGCUGGAGACGUUCAAGGAUCCUCGGCUCUCUAUGCGCAUCCUGCCACCCACUUGUCGCAGGGGCAUGCGCAUCUGCAGCGCCAGCCCGCAGACCGCCAGGGACAGGAUGCUCAUAAUACCACGCAUGCAUACAUGCAUCCUGAUCCUGGCAUGGCGAUGCCCCACGAUGCUCAGUCGUGGUCUUCGAACGCCGCACAGGAGAAGAGCCGCAGUGCGCCAGGUGAAGAUCAAGCCUUCUCAUCGCGACCUGGGACAUCCCAGGGGGAUGCGUUCCACCACCAAUACCGCGAUGGGCACGGUGGUCAGGAUACGGCGGAUGGCCAAGUCACGGGCGGCCUGGGACUCGAACGAGUGCUGCUCACCCGGCCCCCCUCUUGA